GUUAAAUACAAUGCUGAGCAUGUUUCUGAUUUUGAGAUUGAAAAGGUAUAUUUAUUUUUUUAUUUUUCUGUUACUUUAGUUUAUGUUAAAUAUAUGAUAAGUGUAUGGUUUUUUCAUGAUAUUAUGAUGAUAAUGUUUGUUAGCUUGAUCUUUUUGCUAUUAUGUGUCUGUUUUUCAGAUUGAUGCAGAUGUUAAUUAUCAUAUGCAACCUGUUGCUGAUGAUCAAGCCAACACUGAUCAUGUUGCUGUACUAGAGAGCAGAAUUAUUGAUGCUGAGGGUAAUGAUCAGAUCAAACCUGCUGCUGAUGAUAAAUUGAAUGAAGAGCACGUUUCUGCAUUAGAGAGUGCGAAGAUUGAUUCUGAGGUUAAUGAUGUAGUCACACCUGUUUCUGGCGAUGUUGUGUCUAUUCCUACGUGUAGUAGAGGUGUGAGGAAGGUUUAUGGAAAACAACCUGGAUUUGAAUUGUUUGUGGAACAAGAUGGUUAUUUUGAUGAAGUUGGUGAUCAAUCCGGCUUUGAUUUAGUUGGUAGAGGAAUUGAAGUGGGAUUAAAAGAUUCUUGUACUGAGAAUGUCAAUAAGGAUGCUUCUGAAGUUGAUACUCCUAAACCAACUAUGUGA